GUUAGCCCUGGCGCUGCCAACUCAAUAGCUGCUUGUCACGGGCUGUCCUGAAGUCUCUCGUGACUGCCUCUGAACAGUCUCCGAGCGGCUGGGACAUCCGCCCGGUGGCCUAGACCGAGAAAGUGUCAAAGGCGAUGCCGUGAAGCCAGAGCUAGGGUGUCCCGCCCUUCCAGCUUGUCAGCGUCUCAAAAGCGAUGGCAGUGCCAGUGGAAGAGGCCUGCCAGCCUGCCGAUUGCAGCCAGCCUCCGUACCCCCAAAACAGGGGCUGCCUCUGAGGCCCUCCCACUCCUUGCCAAUGGAUUGGAUCUCGAAGAAGCAGGUCUUCCCCAUAAACGAGGGGCCAGUCACUGGGGCUGUGCUUUUGCAGCACCCUGCCCUCGCCCCCACCCUCUCUUGAAAUGAGGUCAGAUGACCAGGAAAUCGGGCGGGGGACGACAGGCACAAGUAGUCGAAAACUUGCCCUGCUUUGGGGUCUUCGGACCAACACGCCAAAACCACUCAUGGAAUCCAAGUUGGCGGUCGGGCCUCCUUGGAUCCCAGCCGUCUCUCUCUGCCUCGUGCCAUUCGGGACACGAUGAGCCAGAGAAGUGGAAUAAAAUUAAGCUGGUGGUGUCCAAAGAAGACGUGGAGCUAGCCUAUCAAGAAGCAGUGUUUAGUAUGGCAGUGCUGAACAGAACUGCCGCGGGGUUAAUGCACACAUUUAAUGCCCACGCUGCCACUGAUGUUACUGGCUUUGGCAUCCUCGGCCAUGCUCAGAACCUUGCAAAACAACAGAGGAGCGAAGUGUCCUUUGUCAUUCAUAAUCUGCCCAUUAUCGCCAAGAUGGCGGCUGUCAGCAAGGCAAGUGGGCGUUUUGGGCUUCUCCAAGGAACGUCAGCAGAAACCUCAGGUGGGCUGCUGAUCUGUCUGCCCCGAGAACAAGCCGCUCGCUUCUGUGCUGAAAUCAAGUCUCCAAAAUAUGGGGAGGGUCAUCAAGCAUGGAUCAUCGGCAUUGUGGAAAAAGGCAACCAGACGGCCCGAAUCAUUGACAAGCCACGGAUCAUUGAAGUCAUGCCCCGGGGAGCCACUCUCCAUCACGACAACUCCAACACCAGUCCUGAGCCUGCUCUGUGAAAUGGCCCCCCUGGUUUGGACCGCUUAGACCUCUGGAAGCAAUCAUGAAUGUUCAAAAAAGUGAAGUGACUGUUUUAGGGAAGGGGAAUUGCCAAAGAAACCUGCUCAAAUGGGGAAAUUACUGCCAGGCGAGCUACUUGUUCUUAGACAAUUUCGGAAAAGAGCUGCUUUUAGAGGAGUCUCACAUGAAUUCAUCCCACUUGACACUUUCUGCUUUAGGGCCAAACCUGACCCGUUUUCCCCUUUCUAGAAACAAGACGGGCCGAUCCCUGAAGAGUUCUCUCACCACUGGGCUCCCAGAGAGAGCACUUGCUGGAAAAGAUCCCCACAUGAGAAAUGAGUCUUCCUGAAGAUAAGGGAGACCUGGAAGACCGCUUAUAGGUCAUUAGCAAAUAGCGGUAAAACAAGAAGUCUGCUAGACCUGAAACAGCACCAUGGCGUACUCGGAAAUCACUCGGGGGAUUCCCCCCCCCCCCCCAAGAAGCUACCAGCUCUUCCUCAUUCUGGCCAAGAGUUGAGCAACUUGUCCAGGAGAGAGGAAGUAGGCCCCAGGACCAUCUUGCUGAUCAUAGGCCUUGGCUCUGUUUAUGAAGCUUCUCCCUCUAAACCUCUCUGAGGGCUGGAUGAAGCUGAGCAGAUUCCCAGAGCCCGGGUCUCGGCAUCGCUCAAUUUCUGUACGAUCUUGGGCUGACAAUUCCUGGUCGUUCAGCCAAUAAAAAGACUCGUUUCUCAGUGCA